AAGGUUAUGAUUUGCUUUGAUCACUUUUCUUUUCCGUGUUCUCCUUUUUUGCUAUAUGAAUUCCUUAGAAUUUAGGAAACUUUAAUUCCACAGCUAGCUUUUUCUUUCUCAAUAAUAUCACACUACCAUUUCAUUAAAGGUUCUUUUUUUUCCUUGAAGUUUUUAUUUUUUUUGCUAAAUUGAAACCGAUUUUUAUGGCACUGACUCGAUCGAAACAAUGGGUCCUACUCAAGUCACCCUAAACCAACAACCCCAUUAUAAGGGGCCAACUCCCUAGUCUAGCUCCUCCUCACAAGCUCACCCAGUGCACCCCACUCUUAAUUUUUUCCUUGUAGAGAAAUAGGAAUGGUUCAGGGAAGAUGCAGUGCAGUGGCAGCCACAGUGCUGCUCUGCUGCUUGUUGCUCCACUUUGAGGUGGCUCAAUCAGCAAGUUUCACUGUUGGAGGAAGAGGUGGGUGGACCUUUAACGCCGCUGCUUGGCCUAAACGCAAGCGCUUUAAGGCGGGUGACACUCUCGUGUUCAAUUACAACCCUUCAAUCCACAAUGUGGUAGCUGUGAACAGAGCAGGAUACAAAUCAUGCAAAGCACCAAAAGGUGCUAAAGUUUUCAAGUCAGGCAAGGAUCAGAUCAAGCUUAAAAAGGGCCAAAACUUUUUCAUCUGCAAUUACAUUGGCCAUUGUCAAGCAGGAAUGAAAAUAGCAGUCACUGCUGCCUAAUCCGAGAUUAGGCAUUGCCAUAUGAUAUCUUCAGUUUGCUUUUAAGUAUUAAUGUAAGAUUCGGUGUCACAAAGUCUACUCUAGUGUUAGAUUUGCUUGCUUUGAGUGGGUAGGUGGUGCUCCAAACACUAAAUCUAUACUAUAAUAAUGAUGGUUUUAAGUGGAAAUCUUUUGUGUAAUGCUUUGUGGCUAAGGUUUUACUUGUACUCCCUUUUGCAAUAAAAUAUAUAAAGAUGCUUCUACCAGUUUUAUUA